AUGGACGGGGGGACGGAUCCCCCCAAUCAUAACCGGUUUAAAAUCCUCGAAUCAGAGGUAAUUUUAAACCGGAACAAAAAACACAAAAGAAAAUAUAAUGGUGAUGAUUUCCCUAAUCUACCGGUAAUUCAAAACGAUGAUAAUGUGCCUCGAUACAUCGUCAUCACUGGUUUAGAAAAAGAAGGCGAUCAAUUGCGUAAAUUAUCUACCUACAAUCCUAUUCGAAUCAAUCGCGGAUUAGAGCACAUUUCCAAAGAUAUAUUGGAGGUUAAGUCAAUGAGGUCAGGUGACUUGCUACUAAAAGUACUUAAUGUUGCAACAGCUGAUAAAUUCAUUAAAUGCAAACUUAUCGACUCAAUCCCAGUCAAAGUGACAAAUCACAUUAGCCUUAAUUCUGUUCAGGGUAGAAUUUAUUCCAUGCACAUCAAAAAUAUAACCGAAGAGGAAUUACUCGAAGAACUAAAAAAAUUCAAGGUUAUCGAGGUCCGAAAAAUGAUGAAAAAAGAAAAUGAUUUAUUAGUUGCAACUGGAGCAGCUAUCCUCACUUUCGAUCAAAUUCGCCGUCCAAAUGAAGUUAAAAUAGGUUGGUUGAACUGCAAGGUCGAGGAAUAUAUACAAAAUCCAAUGCGUUGUGUCAGUUGUCAAAAGCUUGGCCACACCAAAAACCGAUGCACAAAUUCGGUGAUUUGCAAAGAUUGCUGUCUCCCUCCACCUCAUGAUAAAUGUGUUCGUAUUUUCUGCAUUAAUUGCAACGACGAAAAUCACACUCCAUAUGAUCCCUCCUGCCCUGCCUUCCUCAGGUACAAGUCCGUCAACAAAAUCAAAGCGGAUCGUCGUUGUACUGUUCGCGACGCUUGGCAAAUUUAUAAUGAUAAUCCUAAUCUUCAUCAGCUACCACCACCUAAAAAAAGAAAUAGUUCGAAGCCUUCAAUGGCAGAGAUAAUAAAAAAGAGAAUUGAAAAUGAGAAAAUUCUCUCAAACAUUCUCCAAUCUUCAAAUCCCGCUCCUACCUCAAUAACAUCACCACCAAGUACAAUCGAAACCACUCACGAUUUAAAUAACGACCGAAAUCUAACACAAUCUAAGCUCUCUCUCAUCGAAACCGAAAUCAACAAUAAUCCCACAACUCAAUCCUCAAACCUGCAGCAUCACUCUCUUAUGGAAGAGCUGAGCUCAGUUGACAAAUCUCUCAUCACUCCCAUUCCUACUCAUUCCGAAAAUUACAUACACAAUACUCCUACAGAAAAAACACAACUGUCAUCGCUAUCUGACACAGAAAUGUGUGAUAUUUCUGACUCCGAUAACUCUCAUACUAACUCUACUUCUGCAAAAGAAAUUACAUACAACUCACUCCCACUCACCAACCAAACUAACUCAAAAAACUAUACUCACUCAACUAAAAACUUUAAAAAACAAUAA